UUUCUAUAGCUCAGUACACAUGUUAAUGCCUAUGCAUACAGAUACGAUAAAGUAUCUGCAUUGACUUACGCGGCAGAGUAGAAAAACACGAAUCCAAAAUAUGGCAAGUUCGUCAAGACAUGAAACAAACAAAGUUUGUUGUUAUUCACAUCCAGAUGCACCACUUAUCGAGGACUAUCGGGCUGGUGAUCAAAUCUGUUCAGAGUGUGGAUUAGUUGUUGGUGAUAGAGUAAUAGAUGUUGGUUCAGAGUGGAGAACAUUCAGUAAUGAAAAAGCUGGUGUUGAUCCAUCGCGUGUUGGUGGACCAGAAAAUCCACUUCUCAGUGGUUCAGAUUUAUCCACCAUGAUUGGCCCAGGAACUGGUGCAGCAUCUUUUGAUGCCUUUGGUGUAUCAAAAUAUCAAAACAGACGUACAAUGAGCAGUUCAGACAGAGCAUUGAUUAAUGCAUUUCGUGAAAUUAACGGAAUGGCUGAUCGCAUUAAUUUACCGAAAACCAUUGUUGAUAGAGCUAAUAAUUUGUUCAAACAAGUGCAUGAUGGAAAAAAUCUAAAGGGACGUGCAAACGAUGCUAUUGCUUCUGCCUGUUUAUAUAUUGCCUGCAGGCAGGAAGGUGUACCACGUACAUUCAAAGAGAUAUGUGCAGUCAGUAAAAUUAGUAAAAAAGAAAUUGGAAGAUGUUUUAAAUUGAUCUUGAAGGCACUGGAAACCAGUGUUGAUCUUAUCACUACAGGAGACUUUAUGUCUAGAUUUUGUUCUAAUCUUGGUCUUCCUAAUAUGGUUCAAAGAGCUGCAACACAUAUUGCUAGAAAAGCGGUAGAAAUUGAUAUUGUACCUGGAAGAUCACCUAUUUCAGUAGCAGCUGCUGCAAUAUACAUGGCAUCACAGGCUUCAGAAGACAAGAGAUCCCAAAAAGAAAUUGGUGAUAUUGCUGGUGUAGCAGAUGUUACCAUCAGACAGUCUUAUAAAUUAAUGUAUCCUCAUGCAGGAAAAUUGUUUCCAGAAGAUUUCAAAUUCGCGACACCGAUCGAUCAAUUACCGCAAAUGUAAAGUAAACAUGGAGCCUUAUGUUUCAAUGUAUAUUUUAUCAUGUUGAAACAGUAGUUUAUGUAUCUGAAAUAAUUAUUCAUAAAUAAUUUAACCUUUAUUUACAGUAUACAUUCCUAAAUAAUUUACAAAAAAUUGGUAUUAUCUUAUUUAUUGCAUAAUGAUUACACUUCUUAUUUUCUUCUUUUAUUACAACAGUAAUAGCCUGAUAACUUAUAUGGUGUGGAUAAUUAAUUUAUAUUCGCCCCUAGAGUUGCAAUGUUAAUUUAGAGUUGCAAUAUUAAACAAAAUUUGAAUAUUUUAAAUAUAAAGAUGAAAUAUACGUUUUUAUACAAAUACAAAUAAUUUUAUUUAUGUAGAAAUUAUGUUUCAACAUGUUAAAAUUGGAAAAAAAAAUUGGUACAAUUCUAAACUUAUUCAUAUAAGAUAUUUGAUACCAAAUAUGCAUUAAGUUUCAAGCUAUGUGAAACUAAGCUGAUAAGUGGAAACUAUUUUAUAGACUUGUUGACAUUAAUUUUGCUUGAAGUACUGUAGCACAAUAUUUUAUAUUUGAACACCUAGGAAAACAGUGAAGAUUAAAAAUAAAAUUUGAUACAAAUUAACUUGAAAGUACCACACAGUACAAGUAUAUAAUAAAUUCUGUGAUACUUCUAUAUGACUAAGUCAAAUAUUUGCAACUAAUACAUUCAACUAAAUUCAGAAGACAAUAGACUUUUUCAUAUUAAAUAGUGUACAUAUACAUUAUUUUUCAUUCAAAAUUUGUAUAAAAUACUACACAAAAAUGUUUCUGAAAAUGAAUUUUUAAUAAUGAAACAUCACUAUUUUACAUAUUAUAUGUUAUUUUGUUACAAUUUUAUAAAAUAUUUGUAGCAAUUCAAUUAUAUCAUGGAAUUGAUAACAUUAAAAAUGUCAUUUCCUUUUCAUCUUUAUGUUUAAUAAUGAAAGUUUAUUACUGUUUUUAAUUGUGACCAAUUUAAAUGUACAUACAUUGCCACAG